GUUUAUAAUAAAUUGAUAUACCAAUAUGUUAUAGAAGUUGAUGAACACAAAAACUAAAGUUAGAAUUGAAACAAAGAAAAUAAAUAAAUGGAUAAGAUGUUUGAAAAACAGACUUCAUUGAUAAAUUUUUUAAAAUCUUAUCCAUAUGAAUUAAAGCCUAACCCAUUAUGGCUUCCAGCCUUGAGUUGUGUUUCCCAGAAAUAAUUAAAAUGAAGCCAUUUUUGUUACCAUGAUUGAAUAUUUCGCAGACCCUUUGAUAAGAGAAGGCAUUAAUUCCUCAUCGAAAGUGGUAACUAGUUUUGGUUAAAUCUCUUGUUUAGGCAGGUAGUAAAUUGAGAAAAAUUCUUCCUUAUUUGUUGGGUUUAACAUUAGGACUAUGAUCAAGGAAAAAUAUGUUUGUUUUAUGUUUGAAGUUGGCCUCGUAUGUACGCAACCUCAUAACGUGAAUUUUCUUGAUUCUGUUGGAGCAUGACAAAUACCACGAGCAGCCUAUCCUUUGAAGGUGAAUAGAACAUUAGGCUUCAGUGAAGUGGCCAUGUAGGUGUGAGAGUUUCAAAACCAAGUUGGUGAAAGGGUUUCUGUUAGAGAUAUAUGGUCUGAUUUAAAUUCAUCCACCUGAUGUUUCUAAGUUGUUUGAGAGAUGGAAAAGCAAUGAGAGGUUUGAUUAUCAUUAUGUCAAGUUGUAUGAGUUGGUUGAUUCCAUACAAGGAGAAGCAUCUGGUUGGUUCCAUACAUAACGAAAUGGAUGACCCUUCGCAUAUUCCACCCACUGCCUCAGAGAGACGACAUCGUGCAUUAACUAAUACCAGUCGUGGCCGAGGUCGAGGUCGUGGUCGGGGUAUAGGUCGGGGUGAUGAUAUUGUGUUGGAGGAAGCACGUCAAAUCUUGGAAGAGGAUGUGAUCGAUAAUGGUUCAGGGGAUGAUGAUGAUGCUGCUGAUGUAAAUCAGGCUGAGGAGGUACUCACUGGUCUGUUUCCUGGGGGCCCAUUAGAUCCAUCAAUACUAAAGAGCUUCAAGGCACAUAUUGCAGUAGCUAUAUGGGAGCAAAAGGAGAGGAAUCCCUUAAGGUGUUAUAAUCAUGCGUCGAAGAUUCUUGAGUUGCGGUGGUGGUCAAGAACUGACAAUAGGAGGUUUAGGGACAUUGUGCAGCUGUCAGGCCUAUCUUCUUUGGUCCAUUGCACAUAUCGGUUCGUGAAUAGGAUUGUCAUAUCUGCAUUUGUUGAGCGAUGGCAACCAGAGACAAAUACUUUCCAUUUGACAGUUGGUGAGAUGACGAUGACAUUGGAUGAUGUGGGUACCAUCUUGGGGACCCCUAUCACAGGUAGAUCAGUUAGUGCUGCAACUUUAACAAAUCAACAGGCACAUGCACUUGUGGUAGAUGCCUUGGGAGUUGAUGAUGCCGAAGCAACUGAGGAGCUAUCACCUGCUAGGGGACAAUCAGUGAAGCUGGAGUGGUUACGAACCAAAUUCAGUGGUUGAUGGAUUUGUCUGAUAUUCAUACAUAUGCUUAGGGUGCAGCUGCAUUGGCAUAUUUAUACCGACAGUUGGGAUUUGCCACGAGAUCAGCUGUUUAACAGAUGGCUAGUUACAUGACAUUGUUGGAGGCAUGGAUUUAUGAGCAUUUUCGGCCAUUUAGACCUCACCAAAACAUGGAAUAUACUGUACAAUUGCCUCAUGUGCAUCGAUGGACUCCUCGUCGAGAAGCUGGCUCAACGAUAUCACACCUACAGGCGUUACGGGAGGAGCUUAACAGAUUGGCAUUUGAUGAGGUUACUUGGGAUUCAUAUCGACAUUGCCGUCAACAUCACCCAUGUCAUGAGAUCACAUUCUACAUUGACUGUUCGAAGUGUUUGGAUGUAGUUGAACCCUAUCAUCCUGAAAGGGUUCUUAGACAGUUUAGUAGGGUUCAGACCAUCCCACCUGAGCCACUCAACCCUGUUCGUGCUGUUAGAGGUGUGAUAGCAGGUCGAUAUAGAGUGAUGUAUCACUAUCUUGAUCAGAUAUGGGAGAGUUGGGAUAAUCAUGUUUUAUCUGCUCGGAGGAGAAGUACCCCAGUCAGACGUCCAGCUGAUUGUGUUAAUGGUUACAUGCAGUGGUAUACAACCAUCACACACUUACAUAUCCAAAACCCCAUACAUCGGUCUGGUUUUGACCCACGUGCACAGGAUAGUCGAUCUGACAUGCAGGAUGCUGAGCAUAUUGAUCACGCACUACAGAUUGCCCAUCCUAUCAUCGAGGCAGGCCAUGAUGCUAGUGUUCGUGAGCCAGAUAGGUUAUAUCAAGCCAUUGAGAGGAUGACACGUGUUCUUCAAGGUCAACAAAUUGAUGAGGCUGGACCUAGUUCUAUUCCACUUCAAAUAUACAAUCGUAGGAAACGAGUAGAUGAUAGGUAGUUGGUUAUGUGGUAAUCUUGUUUUGUUAUUUUGUAAUGGAAAAGAAGUACUCUUUUGAUGUUUUUGUUGUUUUGUAAUGAACAAAAAUUACUCUAUCAAUAUUUUGUAAUGAACAAGUAUUCAUGGUUUGUAUUUUUGGUAAUCAACAGGAAGUAUUAUGCCAA